AUGACUGAGCUCUUCACAUCCUCCAACAUUCCUGGUGCUAUUGUUACCUAUGUUGGUAGAUCAUUUAAUGAGCCUAUUGACUUCAACCUUCAUCGUUUCAAAGAGUUCUAUGCUUCUCGCCCUCUAUCUGAUCCCAUUACCCUCGACCUGUUUGAAUUCAAAUCCCAUGGGAUUGGCAUUACACCAUUUAUCCGAAACCUGGGGUAA